UAUUGUUAUCCAUUGGAUUUUACUAUCAUCUCGAUUUGCAUUUAAAGUAGGUUGUGCAAUAGCAUAACGAAAUAAUUCGUUUAAAGAAAUGGAUUUGGACACUGCUUAUAUUGAACCUUUAAUUGAUGAUUGGCUAGAGGGACUUAAAUUAUACGUUAAACAGCAAGAAAAUCUUAUUAAAGCUAAAGACGAAUUUUACAUGCCAUUUAUAGCUAUUCCACUUCCAAUUGUUAAAGCAAUAUUUAAAAUAACAGAACAUCUUGAUUUGGGACCAAAUACUAAAUAUAUUACCAUUCAUUUAUACGAUAAAUUUAUAUGUAAUUAUUUUUGGGAAAUCUAUAGAAAUGCUGACCAAACAGAAAGUUCUUGGUCUCAAAUUUGUAAAAAGAUAUCAAGUCAAUCAAAAUUAUAUCUUAUGUCUUGUUUGCAGUUAGCAAAUAAAAUGGAUUCACAUUUUAAUACUUUAAAAAUAUCGCAAGUACUUAGUAUUUUAAGGUGUAUAGAUAAAAAAUCUAAAUAUACACACAGUAUAAUUUUUUCAUCAGAAUAUAAAGUAUUUAAAACUGUUGGAUUUAGAAUGCCAUUUUGUACACCUUUAAAUUGCAUAGAAGUUCUUUUAGCUGCAACAGGAUUGAAAGAAAAUCCAAAUAUGCAAGAACUUACUAUAAAUUUAUUGGAUUUAGUUUAUCUCCAGAGAGAGAAGUUUUAUUCUCAUUUGCAAUGCUUAAUCCAAGGACAUAUUGCAAGAACUGAACAAGAAAAAAGAAGUCUUAUGACAUUAGAAUCAAAUAUAUUACUUCUUGGAGCUUCUGUUGUUCUUUGUGGAACAUUUAUUUCAUGUGUAGAUAAUGGGACAGCAAAAGUUAUAGCUUCAAAAUUAUCAGAAUUAAUAGAUAUAAAGGUUGAUGAUAUCUGGGAUAUGGCUAAUAUACUUCUCAUAAUGNAAACGCUUCGAGAUGUAAUGGAUUUAAAAAGGAAAAUUUUCUAA